AUGUCAGAGGGCGUGACAUCAGAAGAUAUUCAGACCGAGACUGUGUCGCCGAGGACGGUAUACGGCAUUCGCCUGGUUGAGAGCAUCCCAAGGGCGAAAGUCUGCGGUGCUCUCACGUCUGGCGGAACAAGUGUUGAUAUGCCGAACGAGCUAUGGCUCCAUGUCUUCGGUUUCGCCACCUUCGUCCCUGGCGUUCUGGAUAUCGCAUCCGAAGAUCCAUUCCAAGCCUCUCUCCCCUACGGACCCUCUAGGCCCAUGUAUUCGGAUACGCAGCUCGAUUCCGUUCGUCGAGACGUGAGGACAUCGAUCGCAUUCGGCCUUCAGCUCACGCUCGUCUCCAAACGAUGGCAUGACAUCUUCAUCGCAAGACUGUACCGGCAUCUCCAUAUCCGUAGUUACCGUCACUUGGAUGCUCUCAUCCACAAGCUAGCCCGUCCCCAGGAACUGAAAUCACACCCAUUCUCUUCGCCCUGGCCCCUCGGGAGCCUGGUUCGUCGCCUAGAUCUUGCCAUAACGGACGUGCCGUGGCGUCAUGGAGGUUCAGUAAACUUCCUGGCGCAGGUGGAGAGACUAUUUGAGCAUCUACCACAGCUCAAAAUUCUCGAGAUCUCCUGGUCCGUGGACAAUCCUUGCGACCUGCAUUCCGCCACUGCUCAACCACCACCUUUUCCAUCGCUUACCACGGCUAUUGUGUCCGGCGAUAUCCUCAGAUUUGGAACAAGUACGACCAGUCGGUUUAUUCGCCUUCAGGGCCCACUCCUCACGACCAUCUACCUUACGGGCAGCAUAUCACCACUUGAACCACAAUAUCCGAGCUUUGCAUCGUCAUUGCAGACCCUUGGUCAACAUUGCCCACGUCUAUCGCGCCUCGUUCUUGCGUUACAGAACAUGCUUGACGGGCUCGGCGAGCCUACCGUCCUGAACGAGAGACGGCUAGACAUCAUUCGCAGUAUCCCUACAACUGUCACGCAUUUGGGUGCUUGGUACGGCCAUUAUCCCUUAUACGCUCGGACAGACCUGAGGAGGAUCAUUUGUUGGCUCGCCACACCAGAGAUCAGACGUACUUCCAUCCGCGUCGUCCGUAUGUUUGAUCAAAAGACCCCGCAGGGCCAUGCCACAAUGCUUCCUCCAUUCUCCGCCGGGACGACAGAAUCAGAGGGGAUACGAUUCGCGAGUGAUGACCUGGACCAGGAGUUAUUGGAAGACUCCCCGGAGGACUUGUUCGCACAAGAGAACGGGGUUCCUCCUCAUAGGUUCGUCGGCGCGUUGCGUCGUCUGAGCGAAUAUGGCAUUCGGGUAGAGCAUGCGGACGGACGCGAAGUGACGGAGUUAGAUCAUUAA